AUGUUUAUAACGAAUCAUACAGAAGCAAUAAAUGAUGAAACGGAAGCGACAUCAAGUGAUGAAUCCGAUGAUGAUCCAGAAUUUCGAGAAUUGGAAGAACGCUCGCAAAUUGUUGAAAAAUAUGAAAGAGGGCCUGAACAAGAAGUGGAAGAAUGGGAAAAUCCUGAUCUCGAGUUAUAUAAAGUUACUGAUAGAUAUGGGUUUAUGCACAAAGAUGCUCAUGAAAUCAGUGUGCAACAGUUAGCAGAAAAGAAACGAAUGACAAAAGAAGUUUCACGUGAGCAGAAAUGGCUACGGAUGAUGUCAAGAUGGAAUGAUAGAAGGGGUGCCAACGAUAAGUUGAAAAAACGCCUUUGGAAAGGUGUUCCUGAAAAAUUCAGGUCGUUGGUAUGGACGAGGUUACUUGAAAUUAAUCGUUAUCGACAGGAACAAAAAAAUAAUGUUUAUCGCGAAUUAUUGAUGCGUGCACGGCUUAUUUCAAAAGAUAUCAAACAAAUAGAUCUAGAUAUUAAUCGGACAUAUAGAGAUCAUUUGGCAUUUCGCCGCAGAUACGAUGUAAAGCAGCAAUCUCUAUUCAAUGUAUUAUCUGCAUAUGCUAUGUAUAAUACAGAAGUAGGUUAUUGUCAAGGAAUGAGCCAAAUAGCAGCGCUUUUCCUAAUGUAUAUGGAUGAGGAGGAUGCAUUUUGGUGCUUGCAUGCAUUACUUGUUGAUAAAAAGCAUUCAAUGCAUGGAUUUUUUGUUCCCGGUUUUCCGAAAUUGGUUCGCUUUCAAACACAUUAUGAAAAAAUAUUACAGAAAUAUCUUCCACGUUUAAAAAAGCAUUUAGAUAAAGCUGGUAUUCCAUCAAUUUAUGUUACAAAAUGGUGGUUUGGCUGUUUCCUAGAUCGGGUUCCAUUUCCAUUAGCAUUACGAUUAUGGGAUGUUUUCCUUUUGGAAGGAGACGUGAUAUUAAUUGCAAUGGCAUACAACAUUAUGAGAAUGCAUGAAAAAACGAUGCGAAAAUUACAAAUGGAGAAUUUUAUGGAAUAUAUUCAAACUGUUAUUGCUCAGGAUUUUGGUUUCUCUGAUGAAGAAACAAUGAAAUCAUUACAAGACUGUCUCAGAAAAUUGCAUAACGAUCGGAUGCUGCUACCAGCAUCACCAAAAGCUGGUGAUGCACCUGAAACACCAACGAAACCGUUUGGACCUAUCCUUAGUCGUUCAAUGAUUGAUAUUCGUUUGGAUAUUGCUGAAAUACAGAGCCGUUGCUCACGUGCUAACUCCGUUGCUGGACGAUCACCGAUUGGUGUACGUCGACAACGGUUGCCACCAUCUCCAACACCUCUCUCAAAAUACAAAUUGUCGCAGUUACCACCUCGACGUAUGGAACCUACUGUGCCGGAAAAUUCGCAAUCAAGUAUCUCUUCAACAAGUACUGUGAAAGAUACAAAUUCAAGAGAACAGCAACAUACAACAAAAGUUCUUACUGAUACAACAAACAACACAAACCUGCCGGAAAGUCGAGAAAAUUUCUCACAAUUGUUUCAACAACAACAAAACCCAAUGCUUGCAAAACGAAUUGAAGUGAAAACAACGCGACCAAUAACUGUUCAGGAAGUACAGCACGAUAUACGGAUGAAUGAAAGAAACCCGUCACCACUUCAUGUAUCAUCCUUAUCGCAUGCAAAUAAUGAAGAGGUGUAUGAAUCUAGAAGGCAGCUGCAACUGCAGCCACAACAACAGCAAAGGCAGUUGAAUAAGAGACCGACAACGUUGCCAACAGGACAGCAAAUGCGACAGUCAAAUUUCUGUAAUGAAGCAGUGACAGCACGAUAUUUUGCAACAGUGGGAAAACGAGAAUUAUACCAGCUACCACCGAAAGAGCCACCUAUUGAUUAUAAUGAUUCGUCUUUUUGUAUUCAACCGGGACGUUCAUCCGGCUCCAUGCAUCGAAUUAUUUCAACAAUUAACUCUCCUGUCCGUGUCAAGUCUUCAUUCUUUCGUACUCCCGAUAAUUUCAUUUCCUUAAAGCGAAAUGAAGUUGCGCCUAAUGAUUAUGCAUCUAGAUUUUUCGAAUCAGACCAUGUUAUCUCUAAAUUCAGAAGCCAAUCUGAUGAUGAUAAUGAUGAAACUUGUGAACCUAUAUUUCGGCGUACGCAUCGUGGUAGCUUUUAUGAUAAUGUACCGUCAUCCACACCAAACAGUUGCAAUUCCAGUGAUUUGUCGCAGAUAAAAUUGACCAAUGAUCAAGGACGUAUCAAUGGUGAUAACAUUUUUAAGGCUCACGAUGGGAAUAGUUCACUUGAUAGACGAUAUAAAUACAGUCCAAACAAUUCAGUAUUAGAGGAAAGUAAGCCAGAGCAACGGAUUAAUGAAAUCGAAACACGAGUACUUCAAUUACCAAAUAAUGUUACUUGUGUGAGAGUUGGCGAUACUAUUGAUAGCUCGUCAUCAUCACUUCCACAGCGGCGGUAUUAUAGUGUUCCAGUGAGAAGAGAAAUGUAUGAUACUCAGACAACAACCGGUCAUCUUAAUUAUGAUAGUAAUACCAGGGAUUUACAAUUUUAUCACCAUCGGCAUUAUCCAUCGGACGCAAUGAGUAGUGGAUAUUUGCGACACGAUCAACAAGCGCAUUUUCCAGCGAAAUCCAAUCAGCUGGAAGCUGUUCAUUAUGAUCGUAAUACUUCUUAUAUCACUAAUGACAGGCAGUCAUCAGAACGACAUUCUCUGCGUGUUCGACCUAAUCGAUAUCAGUACUAUGCUGAUAAAGAUUAA